UAAAUUAUGGAACGCAAUGAUUCUGCUGUGGUCGAUUUACUCGCCGCGGUAGUUUGUAGGCGCAUCACCAAAGCGCUCCACUGAGGAUCCCCGCCACUGACUAGUGCAAUUUCUGUCCAUAUUAUCACAAGAACAUUUACAAAGUUUUUUCAAUUUUUUUUAUUGGCAAUUUUGUGGAAGGAGGCAGUCGGACAGUAUUAUUUUGAUGGAAUGUGAACAAAACUAAAGGGAUGACUGAACACUUCUAAGGAAGCGGUUCACACCUAAGCAUGGCUCUUACGGGGAAUGAGACCUCAGCUCGCCCCGAUUAUGCCCCCCAUUAUCUCCUGGAGGGUGAUCCAUUUGCCUCCAAGCUGUCCAAGGAGGCCGACAUCGUGGCUGCCUUCUACAUCUGCAUCAUAGGGAUCCUGUCUGCCACAGGAAAUGGCUAUGUUAUAUACAUGACCAUCAAACGCAAGACAAAGCUAAGGCCGCCUGAGCUCAUGACAGUCAACUUAGCCAUCUUUGACUUUGGCAUAUCAGUCACAGGGAAACCGUUCUUUGUGGCGUCCAGUUUCUCCCACCGCUGGCUGUUUGGUUGGGAGGGCUGUCGUUUCUAUGGUUGGGCUGGCUUCUUCUUCGGUGUUGGCAGCCUCAUCACCAUGACCGUAGUUAGCCUAGACCGAUACCUCAAGAUCUGUCAUCUCAGAUACGGUACUUGGCUGAUGAGGCACCAUGCCUUCCUGUGUCUGGUGUUUGUCUGGCUCUACGCAGGCUUCUGGGCCACCAUGCCCCUGGUGGGCUGGGGCAGCUACGCACCAGAGCCAUUUGGCACCUCCUGUACCCUGGACUGGUGGCUGGCCCAGACCUCCGUGGCGGGCCAGAGCUUCGUCAUGGCCAUCCUCUUCUUCUGCCUUAUCUUCCCCACCGGCAUCAUCGUCUUCUCCUAUGUUAUGAUAAUCUUCAAGGUCAACUCCUCAGCUAAAGAGAUCUCCCACUUUGACACCAGGAACAAGAACAGCCAUAGCCUGGAGAUGAAACUGACCAAGGUGGCGAUGUUGAUCUGUGCUGGUUUCUUGAUAGCGUGGAUCCCGUAUGCAGUGGUCUCAGUGGUGUCUGCGUUUGGCGAGCCCGACUCAGUGCCUAUCUCUGUCUCUGUGAUCCCCACUCUGCUGGCUAAGUCCUCUGCCAUGUACAACCCCAUUAUCUACCAAGUUAUUAACCUGAAACGCUCCUGUGCAAAAUCCUCCUGUUUCCAAGUCCUGAAGAAGUGUAGACAUUUUAAAAAGUCAAGGAUUUACACCAUUUCUGGCUCACUUAAAGACAGACCAGCCGUAAAAGAGUCUCACAGUGAAAUGUGAGAAAAGGACAGUGAUUCUCUUCUGUGAAAUGACUCUUGGUUUUUCCCCUCACCAGUCCAAUCACAACCCUGCUAUCAACUGCUAAGACACGGACCACCGCUCACCACCCAGACCUAUGCAACCCAGCCUUGCUGUAUCUAUGUUCCUGCUCCAAACAGCUCUCUGUACUCUCCUACUUCAUGUCCCUCUCUGUGUGUACAGCUCAAGGCUGGCGCCAAGAUGUUUUUUUUUUUACACUUUGUACAGAUUAUUUUGUAUUGUGUACUCGUGCACCUGUGACUUGCAUAGUUUGAAGACAUUUAAACCUUUAUGUGCACCUGUAAGAUCUAAAGCGCUGUUCAGAAAGAGGUAUGAUAUACUCUAAAGAGAGCUGGAGGGACUGUGGUGUUGGCGUUUAGCGUUGUCCCCUGCUUCAGGCAGGUCUGACUGUAGCAGCACUUUUCAUCAACGAUCAAAGUCAUCAUAUGAUUCUUACUGUCCCUCUAUGCAUGUUCACAGAUGCCGUUGACAUCACGAAACAAAAUACAAUUUUAGAUCAUACACAAACUGCACGGUCCACUGCUCCGUAGCAGCCAGUGGAUGAAGUGGUUGGACCAAAUAAUGAAGGAAAACAGCACAACAAAGUCUGUUAAAGUAGUGGCUAUGUCUUACAGGACUAUGUUCCUGUCAUUGUUAACCAUUCUGUAUGCACUGAUGUCAGUCUUAGUUGAGAUCAAUGUUGGUAGUAAAGGUUUAACCCAUUCAAAGUGAAGUAUAUUCACACACAAGUAGUCAGAAAUCCUUCACUUAACAACAGUUACCAAAAAUGUACACACAGCACCUUAGCUGGAGUCCUUAAUGGGGAAAUUGCCACGUCCGUUUGCGAUAUUAAAACUACAAAGAAGUUACUGCAAACCAUAAACACUGUUUCUUUAUUCUCUCAGACAUCAUUGCAAAUGCAAUAGAACAGCAAAAUAUGUACUGCAAUUGUUUUUACCGCGUUGGCCGACGCUCCUAACUCCCACUUUGUCAACAAAACAAAAACAAAUAUACCUAAGAGCCGCAAUGAACAGGGUUCACAGGAUCAGUUGGAUAGCAACCCAAUGAAAUGACGUUGAACAAACAUGGAAUAGACAUUGAAUUGACGUCUGUGACCAGUAGGAAAACAAGCAGUCUAGCAUGUUGGAACUAUUUCACAUUGUCUAAUGCAGAUGAACCAAGUCCACUUGAUCAAUAGUUAUUGCUCUAGUAUCCUGUGGUGCCACUGGUGCCAAUGACAUCUAUAGUCCCACCAACUGGCCUGGUGCAGCCAUUUAAAGUUGCAGGGACUUUAUAUAGAGCCCCACAGUGGAGGUGCCAUGAUACCCAUAAAACCUACAGGGAAAUGGUUUCAAUCGUUUUCCCACCAUUCACUACACAAAACACAGCCCUUAUUUGAAGUGUUUCUAAAAUCCCCUAUUGGAAAAAUGAAUGGUGGAAAAAUGUUUGGAACCAUUUCCCUGUUUGACCGCUAGGUUUUAUGGGUAUUAUGACUUAUACUGUGGUACUCUAUUCACAAAGCUUCUAAGAACACAUACUUAAUGUUUACAUACAAAAUUGUAUGGCCCCAUGUUCAUCGGUUCAGUUCCUAUAGCCUCUAGUGGUGUAGCGUGGCUGACUUUGAAUGCAGAAAGUAAUCAUUCUCAAAUUCAUUACAGGUUAAUUAAUUGAGUGUAUAUACCAAAUCUGUAGUCAAUCUGAUUCAUGAGAAUAAGAUUUGUAAAAUAUUUGAAGCAUUAGCAUCUGUACGAACAUGCAUCUAUAUGUACUGUGCGUACAUAUUUGAAUGCAGCAACAUUUCAAAACCAUUAACAUUAAAGACUGAUGUAAUGAGUCUAAAUACAAAAUCUGGAGUAAUUGUGAGAUAUAGUUCACAAGGAGAAAACAAUUUGCAGAUCAUUUUGAGCAUUAGUGUUACAUACGCAAAGAAUUUGUUAAUAGUUUCCUUGUUUUUGGAGAUAGCAAUUCCAAAUUCUGUCAAGGUGUAUCUUAGGGGAGAUGACAAAUUUGAAGUUUAUAGGCCACUGUGGAGUGGAUUUACAAUGGUUUAAAUGGACACAUGAAAUCAGAUUUUUGUACAUUCCACAUUUUCUGUCAUUUGGUCCUAUGGUUCAUCAGCAGAAGAUUAAAAAAUAUAUUUUUACCAUAUGUGCUAAACUGCAUCUACUGGUAUAGUGUGGCCAUCUUUUGAAAGAGUUCAAAUACCACAUUUUGGAAUAAAUCUGACUUUUAGUCCAUGAGAAGAAGAUUUUUUAUGAUUAUUUUAAGCAUUAGCUUUACGUAGUCAAAAAUGUGAACUGUUCAUAAUUUUGUUAUUGUUUAAGAUAUCAAUGCCAAAUUUAACAUGGUUCAUCAUGGUAAUGUAUUUGAUGAGUAUAAAAGUUUCAAGUUGAUAGGCCAUUGUGAAGGGGAUUUACAAGCGGUUUAAAUGGACAUUUAAAAUCUGAUUUCCUGAUUAUCAAUAACUCAGCCAUCUCCUAACCAAUCCCUUAGCCUUCCUCAAACUACGUUAAGCGAUGUACCAUGGGCCUACAUACCGAAGUUGGUGUUAUUUGGUUCAUGAGAAUACGUUUUCAAAGGAUUUCCAAAAUGUCUAAGAUGGUGGAAAAUCUAUGGAUGUCAUGGGUCCUUGAGGCAAAUUUGUUCAGCAUGAGAAAAGACACGUCAUUCCAAGGUUUCUCUAGAUCAAACAAGGUGGAGGAAAUGAGGGUUUAAGUGGGACUGCUUAUAACAGCGCCAUCUAUAGGCCAUCAGAACCAUUAUUUUUGACCAAGUUACUCAAGGCAUUUAGUUUCUGUGCACCAAAUUAGAAAGAAAAUGACCAAUCCAUGUUUGAGUUAUUUGGCCAUUUAAAAAUAUAUAUAUAUAUAUAUAUCUAAGAAUAACGAUAGCUUUCACAGCUUUGCUGUGAGCUCCUAAUAACAGCGGCCUUGGGCGGACAGUGGCGCUGUUUCCCCUACUGUGUCUUUAACUCACAUUGAGACAGGCUACAAGGCAACUUCUGAGAGUGUUAUCUUAGUCUACUCAAGAGCUGGAACUCUGAUUAAAGUGUUUACAUGUUCUAAUAAAUCGAAAGAUUGCUCAGAAGUCAGAGUGUUUUAAUCAGUUUAUGCUUACUUCAAUUAUGGCCUCACGCCAAUUAAGAUAAGCAGAGUAAGGUGUUUACAUGAUAAUGCCUUACUCUGUCUACUGCCGUAAUAAUAUCACAUUCAUUAGUGUGCAUAUAAACAUCCUAAUUUAAUCAUUCACAAUAAUGUUUAUCAAAAGUAUUUUACAUGAUACUGUGUGUGCGUGUGUGUGGGGUCCAGGCAUAUGCAAGAAAACCAUUUUUUGAAAAACGUCUAAAUAUUCAGUGUAAAUAAUUAUCUUAUUGGUUAUUAUAAAAUGUCAUACUGUCAAUUUUUGCAUUUUGAACUGUUCAUCUCCACUCUAACUGAGAUGGUCAGCAUUCACCACACUGUAAAAACACAAGUAUGGCUGUGUUGGGAUGUCCUGUCAAGGCCUGAAACAUCCACAGACAGUGGGUGAUAGCGGUUGAUGUGUUGAUAGGACCAGGUCUCACUGACCUCUUCAGAACAAUGGAAAGGCAGAAGGAUCAACACACCUGCACUCAGCCCAAGGGCCAAACAUUGGCAAGAGGCAUCAACGAUGUUUAUUUCAUAGUAUUUAUUCAAACGCAAUAUCUCCUCUCUUAGUGUCUUAGUAGAGUUGUGUUUUUGUUGUUUGUAUUCUUUUCAGUUUGUAUUCUUUCAGUGUUUUGCUGAUAAUCUGAUUUAUUUGUUUAUUAUUUUAUUAUGGUAAAUUUUGAAUGAUAGUAUUAGGAAAGUUGAGUGACGUCACGUUCUAUAAUGUUAAGUACUUUUCUUAAAUGUUUGAGAUGUUAAUCUGUAAAAAAAAUACAUGUCAACCAAGAGGUUCAUAUUGAUGUCAAAGAGGUAAUACGUGUAUUUGCAUAUUUCUCAUAGAGUGAACUGUAAUGCUUACCUGUUAUCACAUCUUGUUAACGCACAAAAAUGAUGAAUGAGGAAGGAGAUAGCUAACAUGUCGUUAUUUGAUCUCAGGUAUAGGUCCAUUUCUUUCCUUAGUGGACUCUCUGUCCGUCUCCACUUCACAGUAUUAGUCUCGUCACUUUAUAUGCCUCUGUUUUAAUGAGGAUGCCCUACUGCACUUCAACAGGGUUUGAUUGUGUCUCAGGAAAGAAGGCUCUAAUUCAUUGUAUUUUCCAAACAAAAUAUUUGAAAUUAUUUGAAUGUUUUAUCAUGAAGAACAUGGUCUGAAGCAGCAAGGAUAGUGGUCCAGGAGGAAUAUGUAACAUUGCUUAUUGUCAUACUCUUUGUGUUUCCUAUGAGCAUGUGUAAUAUAACUACUUUCAUACUACCUGUAGUUUUCAUUCAAGUACCAUAUGUCGCACCUUAUACUUCAUUCCACAUUCUUUAUGAGGAAUAACUUUUUGUUCCUUUAUUUUGUAAAGAAAAGUACAGCAUUCGAUAGCAAAUCUGUUGUGUUGAGAAAAGAUAAGUGCAAAUAAAGGUGCAGUUAUGCACAUAUAUUUAGUUGGUAUAUAUAUUUUAUUCAUUUUUGAAAAGGCAGCCUCAUGAGGCAUCCUACACCCUCAUAAGGAAAGAGAAGAAUGGUGCACAAAUAAUAAAUAAUCUGGCUCCUAUGUAACUGAGUCCCAUGACACUUCCACUGUAAAGCAUAUAUAUAUAUAUAUAUAUAUACAUAUAUAGCAGCAUUUUAACGGAACAUUUAUGAGGGCACUUGGCGAGACCCAAAUGCACACAGGAGACAGAUGGUUGGGAUCCGAUAUUUAUUAUAACAAAAAGGGGUAGGCAAAA